UUGCUUGUCCUUCCUGGUCGGAUCAUUGUCAAUUUUCGCCGAUCGGUGACUGUCGUAGCCGGUCUGUAAGUCAGUUUAUUAUAUAAAUCGAAUAAGUUUCGGUGCAAUUUCCACUUUUCUCGUGCUAACUGUGAUCUGAUCUAAAAGGCCGCGGUGGAAGGCGCUUAUGCAAGCGGCUGACGCCCGAGACAAUUAAAAACCACCUUCGUGGUAUAGACGGAACCGAUAGCGUGCCCCAUCUCGUCAGAAACAUGGUCUGGUCCACCGUCAACGAUACCAAUGUGCAGUCGCAGAUGACCUCCAACGUGCUGCCGUUCCAGCUGCAGGCCAUGGAGGCGAAAAGCCACCUGGAGCACAUGUGCGCCCUCGACAUCGAGUCGAGAGCCUCGUACGUGCGACUGAGCGGCAUCAUAUGCACCAUCGGUCCCGCGUCCAGAGACCCCGCCAUCCUCGAGAAAAUGAUGGAGGUGGGCAUGAACGUGGCCAGGCUAAACUUCUCCCACGGGUCCCACGAGUACCACGCGGAAACGAUCAAAAACAUCCGCGCCGCCGUCGCCAAUUACAGCAAGAAAAUCGGUAUGGUGUAUCCGCUCGCGAUCGCGCUCGACACCAAAGGGCCCGAGAUCCGUACCGGCUUGCUUGAAGGGGGCGGCUCGGCCGAAAUCGAACUGAAACGCGGCGACACCAUUAAGCUGACCACCGACAAGGCGUACGCCGAGAAAGGCAACAAGGACGUCGUGUACGUCGACUAUGACAACAUCCAGAAAGUGGUCAAGCCGGGCAACAGAAUAUUCGUGGACGACGGUCUGAUCUCGCUGGUGGUGGCCAACAUUCAGGGCUCGUUCCUUACCUGCACCAUCGAAAACGGAGGCAUGCUCGGCAGCCGUAAGGGCGUCAACUUGCCCGGGGUGCCGGUCGACUUGCCCGCGGUCUCCGAGAAGGAUAAGUCCGAUCUGCAGUUCGGCGUCGACCAGGAGGUGGACAUGAUUUUCGCGUCGUUCAUACGUAACGGCGCCGCCCUCACCGAAAUCCGGUCGAUCCUAGGCGACAAAGGCAAAAAAAUCAUGAUCAUCUCGAAAAUCGAGAACCAGCAGGGCAUGCAGAACCUGGACGAAAUCAUCGAGGCGUCUGACGGCAUCAUGGUGGCCCGCGGCGACCUCGGCAUCGAAAUCCCGACGGAGAAGGUGUUUUUGGCACAGAAGGCGAUGAUCGCGCGUUGCAACCGGCAAGGCAAGCCUGUCAUCUGCGCGACGCAGAUGCUCGAGUCGAUGGUUAAGAAACCGCGACCGACGAGGGCGGAAAGUUCCGACGUGGCGAAUGCUAUCCUCGACGGUGCCGACUGCGUCAUGUUGUCCGGCGAGACGGCCAAGGGCGACUACCCGCUGGAAUGCGUCGCCACCAUGGCGAGUAUCUCCAAGGAGGCGGAGGCCGCGAUCUGGCAGAAGCAACUCUUCAUCGAUCUGUCGAGCAUAACGUCCCCGCCGAUGGACAUAGCGCACACGACCGCCAUCGCGGCCGUCGAAGCAUCCUCUAAAAGCCUGGCCGCCGCCAUAAUCGUGAUCACCACUUCUGGCCGAUCCGCCCACCUGGUGUCGAAGUACAGGCCGCGUUGUCCGAUCAUCGCUGUCACCAGGAACGCGCAGACUGCCCGGCAGGCACACCUCUUCCGCGGCAUAUUGCCGCUCGUCUACGAAGAGAGCCGGCUGGAGGACUGGUUAAAGGACGUCGACGCCCGAGUCAGCUUCGGCCUUAACUUCGGCAAGAGUAAGGGCUUCAUCAAAGCCGGCGACCCGGUGAUCGUGGUGACCGGAUGGAAGCAGGGCUCCGGGUUCACCAACACCGUGCGCGUCGUCACCGUCGAAUAGUGGCACAGCGCACCACGCCCACACUCUCAAACCGACGGUUAAUUAUUUAUUUUAAAAAAUAAUUGUCGUGUAUAUAAGCCCUGCGGGCGUACGCCCCAGUUUAGUAUUGUUGUGUUCCGUUUGUGGACAAUAAAGAUUACGCGCGUUCGCCCCAAAAACGGCGGCGUGUUU